AUGGUUAAAUUCAAUUUAAAUCUAAGUAAUGGGGCCAAACAAAGGUUAAAGGUUGGAUCUAUUAUAACGUUAAUGUUAAGCAUAACUUUGUUGUUUAUUUUGUUGAUGGUACCAGAUUCACCAGUACAAAAAACUACACUUGGUCUAAUGAAUUGGGUCAAGGGAUUGGAACCUUUUGUUGGGGCACUAUUUAUCAGUGUCGUUUACGCAAUAUCUUUGGUAUUUUGUUUCCCUGGUACACCAAUCAAUUUGGCUGCUGGGUUUUUAUUUGGACCUUUUUUGGGGUCAGUGGCCACUGUAGUUGGAUGCGAUUUGGGUGCCAUCCUUGCAUUCUUUAUUGGUAGAUCUCUUACUCGAGAAUGGGCUGAAAAGAAAAUGAAAAGCAACAAGAAAUAUGGUCAAAUCGAUUUGGCUGUUGAAAAGAAUGGAUUUUUAAUUAUCUUUUUAUUACGUUUAUCUCCUGUUAUUCCAUUUGGACUUUGUAAUUAUUUAUUUGGAGCAACUAAAAUAUCAUUUUAUCGGUAUUGGUUGGCAACUACGGCGGGUUUAAUCCCUUGUACAGUAGCUUACACCUAUCUUGGUAGUUUAAUUAAUAAUCUUACACAAAUAUUCUCUGACAAGGCUGAUUCAGAAGAAUCACAUCAAGAAUUAAUAUUUAUAACAUUGGCAACAUUAUUUACAGUUGGAAUUAUUAUAGUAAUUACCAUUGUAACAAAGAGAACUCUUAGUCAAACAAUGAGAGAACAUGAAGAUGUUGAAAUGGCAAAUUUAGAACAAGAAGAUCGUGAGUCUAGUACAAAAGACAAUGGAGUUCAACCACUCAUGAUGAUCCCUUCCAAUCUUGACGAUGAUGAAUUUAUGAAAUUGGAUAGAGAAUAUAUUAUUAAAGACGAUUCAAGAGUUGAAACCGAAUAUACUUUUGUUGGAGAAAAUAAUAAAACUAAAAGUAUUUAA